GCGGGAGAUGGGUCUGGAAAUUCUUCAAGGGGCCAGAACACACUGAUCUCACUAUACUACCUACCAAACAAAACAUAGCCUGGCCUCCCGGCGUAGCGCCGGAUCAAAAUUGCAACACCCAAAUAUGCUGUAAUGAAGGUUCCACCCAUCCUCCCUCCAAAUCCCUUGUAGGCUAUACACCACAUCCUGAAGAACUACAAAACAGCACCGCGUGGUACCAGUUGAAAAACUUCCCACACACUAAUGUUGGUGCUAUGUAUAUACUCUAUCAGAUAAAGAAUUAUGGAAAAGAUCCGAAAAAGUGCUACCGCACAAAGGACCUUGAACCAGCUGCAUACCGGUGCAUGCACAUGGCACCCCAUAACCUCACACAUAUAUUCUAUAAUGACAUAACGUAUAACCUGUCUCUUCCCCUCACAGAUGAAAGCCGACCAAAAACUUUUGUGUGGACCGCACGAAAAGAAGGAGUGUACUGUGUAGGCAGCUGCCUACACAGUAACAAUUCGUACACCACACCUUUUAAUUGCACAUGGGAAUCAAAAAAUUGUUUCAAUUUGACUACAUGUGGUUAUAAACGACCAACUCAAUGUCCCACACUUCAUCCAACACCCACACAUGGACUGAUUAAGGGUAGCAUGAACAAAACCUUGUUGCACAAUGUCAAUUUAGUAAUGGCACAUAUCUCAUACAACAUUUCAAACAUACUGACUGCAUACACUACACAUUGUGACACGGGAGGGGACACACACACAUGGCUACAGUCACGCAUCGAUGAUCUAGUUGCUGAUUACCAAACCAGACUGGGUGCUCAAGUAAAUUCAAUGCGUAAGAAAAGAGAUUUACUCUCACAAAUAUCUGGCCUUUUCGGCUCAGCUAAUUCGGUAGUGAAUACGUAUAGAAUCAAUGGACAGUCCCAGUACACAAGUUGGCUGGCAAGCCAGGUGGCCACCGGUUUCCAGCACCUCACUAACUCCAAUGAACGAAUCAUUAAGGCUGUACGGUCCGAAGCGCAGGCGCUACUGACCACUAGUCUUGCAUUGUUUAACCAAACACACACUAUCGAGCGUGACGUAGCCUGCAGGGCAUUUGCACAAGAUUUGUUUACAGCUGCCCGUCAAGAGAUUUUAGACUUGCGCCUGCACAAAGUGCCUAAGCAUGCGCUACAAGAUCUUAUAGAGAUCUUGGAUUUACAUAGGUGGUUUGAAUCUGACAAAAUGAAAGAUGUACAGUAUUCUGAAUUAUUGACCACUUUGAUGAUGUAUACGGGCAAAGAAUGCCCCGGUUGUAUUGGAUUCUUUGCCACCUUCCCUCUCAUACAUCCUGAUCAAGUUUUCCCAAAUUCCACUACCAUACAUUCUAUUGGGGUGGUGGCAAACAAUCAGGUGUUAACGUGGGACCACCUUGCAGGGUAUAUGACCGUUGGUAAAACCGAGACACUGUUCACCACCCGAAAUUGCUGCCAUGAGACCACCAAAUAUAUCAUUUGUACUUGUAAUACUUUGCAACCAUUUGCUUUCAAUGAUUCCAAGUUGAUAAAUGUUAGGUCUCUUCAUGGAUAUUCGGAUGCCGUUCAAGUGUCCAGCACACAGUGGUGUGUUAUCAGCGAGAUUAACUCUUUCUCCUAUGGCGGGCUGACAUGCCCCGCCAACCACAGCUUCUGUCUGGAAGUGACAGAGGACUUUUCGAUGGGGGCGCUCAGCAUCCUUGGGAGAACCCCCCUGGACUCUGACCUCUCUCCUUGGUGGGAGGACAACUUCUAUGAGGAGGGAACUCAGGCGCUGGCAGACACCAUGACCCUGGUACAACAGCUCAUCCAGCAGGUGGAUUACCACCUUAACCAGGCCCAGGUACAAGCGAACCUGGCCGAGAAGACUGCAGAGCUCCUCACCAGUUCCACCACUCACGCCGCGGAGGCGGCGUACACCUGGUGGGAUUGGAUCUUCAGGGGUUGUGUACUUGCCAGUGCCAUCAUCCUCCUCCUCACGCUGAUACAGUGCUGCUACUUCAGACACCUCAUCCGGUCCUUGAAAAAGGACUCAGAGGCAGCACUGUUGGUCAGCAAACUCCUCACACCUGUUACACGUCAGUGACAAGCCGGUGGGGGGCAUCUUUCACCGAUCACGAUGGACACUGACUGUUACCUCCGUGUACCGAGGGCCGUCUGUAAUCCCCCCCACUGUCUUGACCGUUCUCUGACCACUGACAUCAUAGUCAUCCUCAUCUUCAUCCUCAUAAUCAUUACCUACGAGUUCCUGAGGAAUCUCACAUUUCGUUGCUUUUCUACCAUUCAUGUGUUUGUUUACUGUUUUUGCUAUCUUUAAAUUACAAAGACAAACUUUGCCUAUCUGGCGUUUGAAUCACAAGGCCGCUCAGCGGGACAAUGCCCUCUGUGCGAAGACGCCAGCUGUUCAAACUCGCCCCCUCCGGGGUGGGAAACUCGACCCUCUCAGGUGAGGGAGGCAUCCAGUGGUUGCGCGUGCACAGGAAUACCACGUGCCCAGGAGAGACGUGGGCCAGAUGUAUUAAUAUGUGUGGUUUAAAUGCGUAAUAUGAUGUAUUGAGAAUUCCAUGAUGUGUUUGGUAUCAAUCUGAUGGUCGUGAUGCGAGUGGUGGCAAGGUCUUGGUUUUGAAACGGUCUUUAGGCAAAUUAUUAAAGAUUUAGAAUCAUAGGGGUUCAAUGGGAAGUCGGGCAAAGGCCGACCCCUCGAAAUUACAAUAACCCUGCCCAACGAAAUAUUCGUAGCUCAUUGGUUACCUGACCAAGGUGUCCCACGUGACAAAUAUGCAUUUAAGAUGGAAGUAACAUAUUACGAGAGGUAACUGUAUUCAGGACCUCCUCAGAUAUCUCGUCUGUGUAGCCCAUUCUUCCUUGUUCAGGUAUGCAUUGAUUUCUUUCAACAUUGUAUUCUGUCGUAGUCGUAUUGUUGACAAAGUAGAUCUUGUCUUAUAAUAAACUUUCAUAAAAAUAUGGGGAAGAAUUCCGUUUGGUCUAUUCAUAUGUUUAUUGAUCUGGUUAAGUAGGCAGUAAGGUUUAUUCGCUGUGGAUGGAGCGAGGCACACAUACUUUGGACUAAGAUCCGACGUCAAUGGUGUUUACCUAGGUUGAGAUAUGUUAUGAGAACCGAGACAAGUGCGGGGUGACUUUAUCUUCCGUUUGCCGUGUACCCAUAACCUGUUAACCUGAGGCAGUCGAUCGGGUGCGGGAUGUGGAGACACCUCUCUCGGCAGAUACGGUACCUUCUCGGCAUCAUAAACCCCUGCCUCAUCUCUUAACGACUUACAUGCAGUUAGGACCCCCAAAUAAACAAUAGUCGCGCGCUGGGAGGUACCGAUGUAAUAAAUUGCUUAACUAGCUGAACCCAGACAUAACAGAGAUUGGUAGACUAAUCAAUUUUAACAAUAAUGUAGUAAUUAAGUACAAAUACAUAAUUACAUAGGAACUAGAGAGAUCCUACGGCUGGGACUCUAAUAAUUGCGGUAUUGGAUAAUAGGUUAAUGAAAUCUUUUCUACAGUCCAGAGCGGAAGCGGUCCCAGGGCCUUGAAUUCCGUCGUUGGGUUUUUGGCCUUAUUACAGUUGGUGACCCCGACGUGAUCCCUGGAGAAGCAGAAUCUAUCCUGGAGUCAGAUAGCAUGAGGUUUGGAGAACUGCUUCUUUUCUACGCCUGGAUUUGGUAAGAACAAGCUCUUUCAUUAUUCACAACACAAAACAGGGACAAACUAGCACACUACAUAUAUUCAUCCUUUUUUGUUUUCGAGUCGACAUACUCGCGACAGAUCAGCAACGUAGAACGCUGAUUGGGUGGAGAAACUAGUGUUGGGAAACAUGUCACCUCAGGGACACGACAGAGUAGAUGAACAAUUAAUGGCUUCUGCCACUGAUCAUUUGAAAGAUAUC